AUGGCAGAAGAACAAAUUCCAGAUCCCGCUAGCGAGAGCCAUUCUGCUGAACCGGGAAGAAACCAAGCGCCCCGCAAGCAUGCAAAGAAACGCACUAAAACAGGCUGUCUGACUUGUCGGAAACGUCGGAUUAAAUGCGGCGAGGAAAAACCUAUUUGUAGUAACUGUGUCAAGUCAAAACGUAUCUGUGAGGGUUAUGCUCAGCGUGUGGUCUUCAAGAACCCUCUGGGUAUCCUCGGUCCAUAUGGUCCGCCGCAGUCUCACGCUCCACAGUUAGUCCAACAGCCACCACGGCCGUUGUAUAAUGACUAUAGCACUCUACCGCCUCAACAGGCUGCGGCUGCGGCACAACAUCCUAUGUUGGCUCCGCGAUUACCGGAAGCCACGCCCUCGGGAUAUACAUAUGAAGCCUCAUCUACAGCACCCACGGGAGCAAAAUAUCAAGAGACGCGGCAGAGCAUCGAUUCUUCUCAGUUUCAUUACCCGACCUUCCUAGCACAAGCUCCUCAGCAGUGUUCUAGCGAUUCGGUAGAAUCGGACGAGAGAAGAACCUCACAAUCUACUGCCAGUGCCUACACAGAAUUCCAUCCUCAACCUAAUACCUCGCAUAAUUAUGAUUCCCAUCCCUCAUAUGAUGAACUAUCUCCUCAGAUGCCGCGGCCCAUCACCGAUUGGGCAAGUAUCGCGGCCCAGGAUCAUAGCAGUGAUUUAUAUCCACCGCUAUACAACACUUCUACUACAGAAUAUCGGUACCCACAGUCCGAUCAAGCUGCACAGCCUACUAGCCCGGUGCAAUUUAUACCACUUUCCCAGCCCCAGGUUCUCUAUAUUGAGGAUGAAGCCGAGGACUUUUACGAUGUGGAAUCAGAUGAAGAAAUGGUGGAUCAAACUCAAACGGAAGGGUUCAAUCAGCUAAAUCUAAUCAUGGCGUCUGCCAGUAAUGAUGAUCGGCAGCUUCGUUCUUUCACAACUCACCUGAACGAACCAAACAUCCUAGCAUCCUACUACCCUACCCUUGGAUCCUCUCCGCUAAAUAACCCUAAAACAGCCCGUAUAUUCGCACAUUUCAUCCACUCCACAGGACCAUCUCUAUCAAUUUUCGAGCGACACCCGACCGACUCCUCUAUCAUGUUGGGAAUGUCCGUUCCACCUGCCCAGCGUGGCCUAUGGACAUACACACUUCCCCUCAAAGCUUUGGAGCAUCCAGCGCUUCUCCAAGCUAUACUCGCCAUUAGCAGCUUGCAUAUUGCAUAUCUACAACAAGCUCACACGACUGUCUCAUUGAAACACUACCAUUAUGCAUUGAAGCGAAUCGGUCGUGCUGUUGGUCUCCCAGGUCGCCGCAAACACAUAGGCACCAUGGCCGCCACUCAACUCCUGGCAUAUUAUGAGGUCAUUUCGGCUGAUCACAGUAAAUGGAACAGUCAUCUUGCUGGCUCCGCCCAAAUCAUCCGAGAAAUUGACUGGGCGGGUAUCACCCGAGAUCUUCGGGCCCAUCGACGAAGAUUAAAUGAGAAUCAAGCUCAGAUGGGGUGGUCAGACUCAUCUAUGUACUAUCCUCAAUCUUAUGGAAGCGAGAUUUCUGACGACGACCCCUUUGCUGGAAAAGAAGGUACUGUCGACGAAGCGCUGAUUGGUUCUCUGAUGGGCCGAGCGAUUAGUUAUGAUGAGUUUGGUCAUGUUGAAGGACCCAAUCCUCAGACACCCAAGAAGCACUUUUCACGCAAGGAUAUUGAUACCUUCCGUAUUCAGUGCGACUUGUAUUGGUGGUUCACGAAGCAGGAUGUGUUUCAUAGUAUGGUGAGCGGUGAUAAAUUAUUCAUGCCGCAACACCUUCGAGCUCAGUGCCCUCCUCGAGCAGGCAUGGGUCGAAUAGACGCUAUAUACGGAUCUACGGAUCACUUCUGGCUAUUGCUCGGUCGCAUAACUGAUUUUGGAUAUCGGGAUCGCAAACGAAAACUCAAAGUCCUUCGCGUAGCAGGCACAGAAUGGAAGCCAAAUGCAGGACUUUUUCGGUUCAUGGGUCGAUUCACAGGGGGCUCUGGACCGCCGGGGCCACCUCCCUCUGGUCCACCAAGCUCAACCCCAGCAAGCGGUACAAGGCCCGGUCCUCCUCCAGACCCUCCACCGGAGGGACCACCAAUGUACGGCAUGGUACCACCACAAGCCCCGGCUCAACUACCAAAAGCCUUCUCGUACGACAGGCGUGGACAAAGAUCGUCCCCAGAAGUAGACGACGGAAGUGAAGAUACCACCUACGCCGAUGCAGAACGAGAAUGGGAAGAGAUCUUAGUAGCCAUGGAUACCUUUAUGCAGGCUCUGGGUCGAGAGUUUCAACCAUUACCCUCGGACGUGACACCACUUAUUGAAUCACCAUUUGGACCAGCCCGACAGUACCGCACGCACACAAUCGCAGUGCUCUGGGGCUUUUACUAUGCCGGUCGGAUCUUACUACAUCGUCUUCAUCCAUGCAUGCCCCCUGCCAUGAUGAUGGCUGCUGGUGUAGCUGCACCGACGACCGCAAAAUACGCACAGAUUGUCGGUCGCAUCAUGGCUGGUAUUUACUAUCCGCAGAUAUACAAUCUCCAAGCUGGUAGCCUUAGUCCGACGCUUGGUUCUUCCUUGACCGAGAUGACUAUGCCCAUGUUCUUUGCAGGGGUUCAAUAUGUCGAUCCGGUGCAGCGGGUCUGGACUAUCGCUAAAUUGAGAGAUGUCUCUCGACUAACUGGAUGGAAAACAUCUGACGCGAUUGCAGGUGGUUGUGAGAAAGCCUGGAUUGUUGCGGCUAAAUAUGGACGAGGACCACCUUAUGAGCGAUCAUUUAGGACAGAUCGUGAUCGCGAUGGUCAGGAUGUUCUUGAAAGAGAUCUCAGUUCCUCCUAUAGUGAAGAUCGGCGAUUUGUUACUGUUCAGGCCCCUGAUCGGGCACACCUAGCGAUGGGCCUUUUGAGUCUGGAAGGCGAUAUGAAGAGUCUAGAACUAUAG